UAGUAGUUCUACAGAUAAGAUUAGAAUAGGGUUUUCUAACCUUUAACCAGUUUGUGACGAGGCAGACGUUUACAAGACAGGGAGAAUGUGGCAACUUUUAGUAGCAGGUCUGGUGGCGACGGCCGUUAUUGUCGAGUCUGCCGAUGUGUGUCCGACUGAUCCCCCGGGAAUGAUAUAUGGGUGUGCCUACAUGCCCAAGUGCUUCGGGACCUGUGGGGCAGGACAGAGGUGUUGUCCUCACAUAUGCGGCGACCGUUGUGUGACAAUUGUCCACUGCGAUCCGAUCGACUGCGGUUCACUCACGUGUAACUUCGGCUUCCAGCCAGACAGUCGAGGCUGCAAGACGUGCACCUGCAGGACAUCGAAACCUUGCACUACCUUGCAGUGUCUCCUGAGUGGAUCUCUGGGGAAGCCUCGCGCCUGUAUGUUGGUAGACAGUAUACACAGCCCGUCGUGGUUGAAGCCCCGCGCCUGUAUGUUGGUAGACAGUAUACACUGCCUCGCGCCUGUGUUGGUAGACAGAUACACAGAUAUACACAGCCCGCGCCGUGGUUGA